AAGCCACCAGUUGGCUCUGACGAGUGGCAUCGGAUUCGUCGUGAGAACCACAAGCAGGUCGAACGACGUCGUCGCGAAACUAUCAAUGACGGUAUAAACGAGAUUGCUCGAAUUGUACCUGGCUGCGAGAAGAACAAAGGAUCGAUUCUUCAAAGGGCAGCAGCCUAUAUUCGUCAGCUUAAAGAGAAUGAAGCAUCUACUCUCGAAAAAUGGACGCUUGAGAAGCUUCUCACAGACCAAGCUAUUAACGAGCUAAAUCGCCAGGUUGAGGUACUCAAAGUUGAGCUUGAUAGAACUAGACAAGACCUUAGUCGUCAAAAUGAAGUUCUCAAG